AUGGAUUUUGUGAAAACCGAGGAUCGUGUUUUAUUAGAUGAAGAAAACUAUAAAACCUACAUGGAAAACCUUCAAAAAUCCCAUCAAAUUGAGAGUAUGGAUUACCAAUAUAAUGUAACUAUGGAACAAAUACAGUUGGCUAUGCAGUCUUCCUUAAAUCCAAAUUUAAUGCAUAAUUUUCAAUUGCCACUGUCUCCACGACAAAUGUCCACACUUAUGUUGAAAACCAAUCACCUCUCACGCACACUAAAUUUCAAUGAGAUACCUGCACAUUUACAAAAAAGUGAUUUGGAGCUUAUGAAUGAAAUAAGACACGAUGAUUUAUUAAAUCAAAACUUAAAUAGAAACCUAGAGAUGGCAAGAAAUGAUUUAGCUCAAAAUAUAAAUAGGAAUUUGGAGUUAAGAGCUGAUUUAGCACAAAACCGAAGUUUGGAGUUAGCACGAAAUGACUUAGUCCAAAUAAAUAGAAAUGAUUUGGCACAAAAUUUGAAUAGAAAUCUUGAGUUGGUACAAAACUUGAAUAGAAAUAUGGAUUUAGUUAGGAAUGAUAUUGAAAUGCAAGCAAAUUUACAUAUUGAUACUCAAAGAAUGGAUAUGCAGAACCCAAACAUAGAUAUGAUGAACAGAAUAGACAAUGACCUUGCUAAUAGCCAAGAGGAAAGACGGUCACCAUUAUAUGAUAGUCAUCUGCUGAAACAACAUUUAGACCGAUUUGAUUAUUCAAUGAACCAGAAAAUUGAUCAAAUAUUGGCACAAAGGAUGGAGUUGGGCCAACGUUUGGAUCAAAGAAUAGGGAAUGGUAUAGAGCACAGGGUUGAACAAAAUGAUUUGCCAAUUCCUUUUUAUAUAAAGCCAGAACAGGAGGAAGAUUUAGGAUUUUAUGAUAAUAUGAGUCAAGGGCUAGCUAACACAGUCAAUGGUGAAAUACCACAGCAGGAACUGCAAUCGCCUACGAUUCAUCAAGACCAUAUCUUCUCAGUUUACAAUAACCAUUUGCCCAUACAAGCUCUAAAUUCCUUAGAAAUUUAUCAGCGCCAACAAAACUAUACCCAAAACUACGUAAACGAAGUGGCCAGGGACAACCCUCAAAAUUUAGUCAUCCAUAGACAAUUUGACAACCCUACCUUUAACGACGAAAUCAAAAAACUGCGACAAGAUGGCGGCAAAUUUGAAAUGUCAAAACAUGAAGACCCAAAGGAAAAUCUUAAACCGGAUGAAAAUAAGAUUUUUUAUUACGAAAAAAAUGAGAAUGAUUCCAGCGUGAAUAAUAAAAUUGAUGACCUCUCAAUGAAUAUCAAGGGGCAGUAUAGCUGUUUUAAAUGUAAGGAGGUGUUUCCUUCCAAGAGAAUACUAAAGCAACACGCGAAAAACUGCGAAAAUGGUUUGAGUGUCGAAGAAUUGGACAAAUUAGGGAAGUUCAGUUGUUCCCAGUGUGCCUACCGGUGUCAAUCACCUGCCAUAUUGAAAAUUCACGAACGCACGCACUCAGGGGAAAAACCAUAUGCGUGUACAUUUUGUGACUACAAAUCUGGGCAGAAAAACAAUGUAGCAAAACAUAUCCUUGUUCAUAUGAAGCAAAAACCGUUCCGGUGUCAGUUUUGUGAGUAUCGUUGUGCACAAAAGAAUAAUUUAGUUGUUCAUGAGCGAACACAUACCGGCUAUAAGCCAUUUGCUUGCCCUUUCUGCGAAUACCGAACGGUGCAAAAGCCAAAUUUAGUCAAACAUAUGUACUUACACACCGAUCAAAAACCAUUUAGUUGUGAUAUGUGUAGUUAUAGGUGUGUCCAAAAAACAAACCUAACAAAACACAAACAGAGGCACUUGAAUGAGAAAGAGGGGGAAAAAGUUGAUUUCAAAGUUCAAAGUAAACCCUAUAGACCAAGACAAAAGUCUGUCAAAUGCCCUCAUUGCCCAUACAAGUGUGUCCAAAAGUCUAGUUUAGAGAAACACCUCCAUUUUAAACAUAGUGAAGAAGGAAGAAGUGAUUUUAGUGUAGGACAAAGUGAAUUUUCCGCAGCUCAAAGUGAAUUUAAUGCUUCCCCAAACGAUUUUAGUGCUGAUAAAAGUGAUUUCAGCGCUACACAAAAUGAUUUUAGUGCUGAUCAAAAUGAUUAUAGCGCUGAUAAAGGUGAUUUUAGUGGAAAUGAAGAGUUAUGUGAUACAAUACAGAAUUUAAGUGUUAAAAAAGAUACUCAGUUUGAUUGCGUUGAUAAAAUUGUUGAAUCUCUGCCGAUUCAAGCAUAG